AUGUCGGUGCCAGAUGUCGAAAACAAGGCGGUCCGAAACAUGAUCAGCACUGCUACUUCAGAAAGUGAAGAUGGAUAUCAACCUCCCCAGCGACUGCCUCUUAGCAGGAGAAUUCUAGGCAUUAUUUGGGAUUCGCUAGACAAGUCUUCCGAAGAGAGAAAAUUGAUUGCGAAGCUGGACUGGUGGAUUCUUUCCUAUGCCUGUGUUGCCUACUUUAUCAAAUACCUUGAUCAGACCAACGUUUCAAAUGCGUACGUCUCGGGAAUGAAAGAAGAUCUCAAAUUAAGCGGAAAUGAUUUGAACUAUCUUACGACCUACUGGACAAUUGGAUAUAUCAUCGGCAAUCUUCCCUCUCAGGUAAUUUUGACCAGAGUUCGCCCAAGUAUCUGGCUGCCGACCCUGGAAAUAAUUUGGAGCAUCCUGGUGAUUGGCAUGGCCGGUGCUAAGAAUGUCACCACAGUCUAUACAUUACGAUUCUUUAUUGGGUUACUCGAGGCAUCUGCUUACCCGGGAAUCAUGUCGCUCCUCGGAUCGUGGUAUACACCUACAGAGCUUGGCAAGCGCAGCUGUAUCUUUCAAGCGUCCUCCAGCGCCGCACAGAUGUUCUCUGGCUAUCUACAAGCAGCACUCUACAAGGGAAUGAAUGGCCGUGGCGGGUUGUCAGCAUGGCAGUGGCUUUUUAUCUUCGACGGCAUCAUUGGAAUUCCCAUCGCUUUGUAUGGAAAACUUACACCUCGCACAUUCCUCGAUGUCGGUCGUACCUGGGCGGCAUGGUUAUUUUCACUGUUGUUUAUUGCACACGUCUGCGGAAUCCGGAUAUAUUCAUACUUCAACGUCUGGCUGAAAUCAACGGGCCGCUAUAGCGUUGAACAAGUCAACCUCAUUCCCACAGCUGGCUAUGGAGCGCAAAUAAUCUUCACGCUGUCGUAUGCAUGGGCCAGUGAUGCUUUGCAGAUGCGAUGGCCUGUCGUUAUCUUUGCCGCAAUGAUUGCCCUUACUGGAACCAUCAUCCUUUCGGUUUGGCCAGCAAAUAGUAUUCCUGUAAUGAUGACAGGAUGGAUUCUCACCUUCCUCGAAACCGGUGCCGGUGCUUUGAUCAUUGCUUGGAUUAACGAGACAUGUGCUUAUUCAACAGAGCACCGCAUUCUCAUCAUCGGCUUUGUAGAAACAAUGGCCUUCACCUUCAAUGCCUGGGUGCCUCUUUUGGCAUACAACACGGCACAAUCUCCUCGUUUUACCAUUGGGUACAAGCUAGCCGCCAUGUUUUUUGCUGUGGAGAUCGUUUUGACGUUGUUAAUUGCCUAUGUCGCGAAGCGGUGGGAUUUGAAGGAGCAAUAUGUCAAACGAGAGGAGUAUCGGCGAGAACAGCAGGAACAAGGACCAUCCACAGGUGCAUCCAUUGACAAAUAG